CCUGUUGAGGUGGGUUCACUCAGGCACUUCAUUUUUUCUGUCUCUCCAAGAGAGUUCAUUUAAGCCCGGCCGGACCUGCCGAACGCCGCCCAGCCUUUCUGGCAGACGCGGCUCCCGAGUCUCCCUAGGAUUGGAGGCACCAAGCAGAGAGAAGUUUUCUGCGGAGAGGACUGAGAUUCCGCUCCUGCCCGCGGACCGCCCCGCGCUCCCGCUGCCGCCCUGCGUGGGCAAUCACAAGCUGAAAGAAGGGAAGAAAAGGGUGGGGGAAAAUAAGGAGGGAGGAAAAAAACCCCACCCUUUCUUUCUUCGAGAAGACGUUCCUGGGGAGCUCAGUCUCCCGGAGCAGCGGGCGGCACUACCAGAGCGGAGGUCGUGGACACUCCGGCGCCGCGCGGGGCUGGCGCGGUGGCAGCGGGGAAGGGGGUCCCCGCGGACAGGUCGGGUGGGCUCUGCCUGCGAGGGGCGGCGGGGCUGCCGAGCAGGCUCCGCGCCCCUGCGAGCGCCGGGGCGCCCUAAGCGGUGGCACCCCCCGCUCCCCGCCGCCUCCCGGCGCUGGUGGGGCGGCCGCUCUUGGCUCGCCGCCGUCCGCGGUGCCGUCAGCGGUGGCUCCGCGUUCCGCCCGCGGGAACUUUGCCCGGCGCGCAAGGGGAAGGAUGGAGCCACGGGAGCCCGCGGCGGGGCACCUCAACAGGUCCCGAGCUGUGGCAGAGCUGCCCCGCGGGGAGUUCAACCUCUCUGGGCUGCCAGAGGAGGAGGGGAAGCCCCUCUUCGGCAUCGGCAUCGAGAACUUCAUCACCUUGAUCGUCUUCGGCUUGAUCUUCACCUUGGGGGUGCUGGGCAACACCCUGGUGAUCACGGUGCUGGCAAGGAGCAAGCCAGGCAAGCGCCGAAGCACCACCAACAUCUUCAUCCUCAACCUGAGCAUCGCGGACCUGGCCUACCUACUCUUCUGCAUUCCUUUCCAGUCUACAGUCUACGUGCUCCCCACCUGGGUGCUGGGUGCCUUCAUCUGCAAGUUCAUCCACUACUUCUUCACCAUCUCCAUGCUGGUGAGCAUCUUCACGCUCUCGGCCAUGUCCGUGGACCGCUAUGUGGCCAUUGUGCACUCCCGGCGCUCCUCGGCCCUGCGCAUUCCCCGCAAUGCACUGGUGGGUGUGGGGCUCAUCUGGGCACUCUCCUUCGCCAUGGCCUCACCUGUGGCUCACCACCAGCGCAUCUUCCACCGUGAGACCAGCAACCAGACCUUUUGCUGGGAGCACUGGCCCAACCCACGCCACAAGAAGGUCUACGUGGUUUGCACAUUCGUCUUUGGAUAUCUGCUGCCACUGCUUCUCAUCACCUUCUGCUAUGCUAAGGUUCUUAACCACCUGCACAAGAAGUUGAGAAACAUGUCAAAGAAGUCAGAAGCAUCCAAGAAAAAGACAGCACAGACUGUGUUGGUGGUGGUAGUGGUUUUUGGCAUCUCCUGGCUGCCGCAUCACGUGAUCCAUCUCUGGGCUGAAUUUGGAGUUUUCCCACUGACUCAAGCCUCCUUUCUCUUCAGGGUAAUUGCACACUGCCUGGCUUACAGCAAUUCUUCUGUGAACCCAGUUAUAUAUGCAUUUCUAUCUGAAAACUUUAGGAAGGCCUACAAACAAGUCUUCAAAUGCCAGACGGGUAAAAAGUCACCUCUGAAUGAUGCUAAGGAAAAUAAAAGUCGGAUAGAUACACCACCAUCCACCAAUUGUACCCAUGUGUGAAUAUUGAGAAGGCCUGUAUGUUGGCUCUUCAUUUGUGUCAACUAAACACCAAGAAAAAGCACAAUGAGCUUUAUCCUGUGUUUAUCUUGAUAAAACUAAUUGGUAUUUAAUGUACUGAAGUUGCAUGUGUAGCAAAAGUCUGUUAAACUGGUUUGAAAGAAACUGGGCUGAUCCUUUGCAUCUUAGACAACUUUAUCAAAUGAAGCUCUUGAACCUUUUUAAGAUAUUUAAAUAUUUAAAGAUAUCUGAGAAAAAAAUGUUGAGAUUAUAUGUCUGUAUUCUUACUCACUAAGCAUACAAAUAUACAAGAAGAUGUUGAUAUGGACAGGUAACUUUCUGACAUCUUACUCCAUCAAAGUGAAAUGAUGGAUAAAUUUUCUGUCUUAAAGAUAAUAAAUACUGGGGUACUAUGAUUUCAGAGGGUAAAACUUCUGUUCUCUCUUCAGAUUGUUUUGACAAUGCCUUUUUUUUUUUAAAGUAAGUAUGGGCUCUGAUUUGGAGUUGAAAUAAGCCGUGUACAACUUGAGGCAAUUGCUUUAGAGAGGAAAUGCUAAUUUUAUCUGUUUAGCUGUUUGUAAUGUAUCUUACUGAGCAAAGAUGGACUGUUUUUCCACUUCAUAUGGCUGCCUUACUGUAGACAUAGAACUUUUAUGUAUACUAUAGAAGGUUUUUUUUACGGUCUGUGUGUAGUUGUACCAAAAUGUGGAUUUAUGUCUAACUGAGGGAAGCUUUUCUUCACGUGUUGAAUGUGCAUGUUUUCUCAACUUUAUAGACUUUGAGAUGGACAUACAGUUUUAAAUGUGUAAUAUAUGCAUAUGUUUUAAAAUAUUAUGUUCCAUAAAGCAACUCUAGACAAUGCGUAAGUAUUUAAAAAUAACAUUCCCUUAAAAGUUGUGGGGCUUGAUAUCAUGUAGUUUUAAAUUGGAAAUACACAGGAAGUUGCAUUGAAAUGAAUGCAAAAUAUGUAUUGCAAAUGGUACAAUUCUGCAAAUUCUUAAAUAAAAUUAAUAGUUUCAGCAAUUUUAUAAAUAUAUUUAAUAGGUCUCUAAGUGGUAAACCACUAAAGAAAUAGUGGAAGGGCCCUUACUCCUUUGAGAACAUUCUUUUAGCUGGAAUAAGAUAUGAUUUUAUCUUUCUUAUUAAUGACUCAUAGACUCAUAGAGUAAAUCAAAUUAAAGGAACCUCUGGACAUACUCUCAAGGCAGGGAUACCUUCAGAGUUAUACUGCUUCCUUGUCUAGGCAAGUUCUGAAAAUUUCUAAGGAUGGCAACUCAAUAAUAUUUUUGGGGCAACCUGUACCAGUGACUAAUUACUCCCACUAAAGUAGUUUUUCUUAUCCAGAGUUGGGAUUUCCCUUGAUGUAUCUUGUGACCAUUGCUUUCUGUCCUUUUGCUGUCUUCUCUCUAACUUACUAAUAUGCAAUUUAAAACGGCAAUUAAAUUUCCCCUAAUCUCUUCUGAAACAAUGUGUCGCUAUCGUGCCCCAGGUCCUCGGCCAGAAUAGUGGCCUUACACUGCCCUCCCUCCAGCUUAUCCAUCCCUCUCACGAACUGAGGUGUUCAAAGUGUGUUCUGAUGUAGCCUCAUGAGCACAGAAUAGACUAAUUGCUUCCCUUGACCUUUGGCUGAUUCUUGCUAAUACAGCUCAGUAUUAUAAUUUAUUAUUGCAAGGUUAUGCUGCUGACUCAUUUAAUUUAAUUUCUGCUUCAGAAGCACUCUAGUCCUUUUCCGAAGAAUAGCACCGAGUCCCAGUCCAAGUUUCAGAACUUCACUUCUGGCUUUGUCGAACAUCAUGCACUUGAUAGUGGUUACUUCCAUUCCUCCAGCUGAUCAACAGCCCUCUGAAAGGUAGCCCUGAUCUCCAAAAAACCAUCACUACCCCAGGUUUGGUAUCGUGUAAAAUUGGUGAGAGAGUCCUGCACCGUUGUCCUGGACCCUGAAGAUGCUAAGUAGUGUUGGCCAGAUUCUCUUUCAGAUUCCUUUUUCUCCAUAAACUUGUCAUAAAAAAAAAUAGUGCAGAGUGGUGGAACAUCAGCUAUGGAGGGUUAGUGCACAUAAAAAUAUUUACGUGUAUGUGUCAGUAUUGGAAUCUUGGAAUCAGUAAAAUAAUAUUGAAGACGUGCUAUUGCAUGUGUGGCGUUUGUGUCCAUUUGUUCAUAUGAAGAGAUCAUUUGAUGAUAUUGCUAGGAAAACAAAUUAUAUGGAAAAAAACCAAUCUCAGUUGGAGAAGAAGGGUUUAUGCAGGAAAUCAUUUCCUAGUUUAGAAAUGAGGUUCAGAAACAGCCUAGAAAGAAGUUCCUUUGAGUUUUCGGAUCCUCAUCACCUCAAUCACUCAAAUUAUUAAAGCACUAUUAGACUUCAGCUGAAUUUAUAACAUGUUAGGAAAUUCUACAAUUUUGAAAAUGGUUUUUAAAAGAAAAAAAUUGUGAUUUUAUUACUUUGAAUAAAAAUUACCAUGAAAAUUUAUAAGUAUAUAUAUUUAACAAGCUGAUUUUAUUGUUUUAUCUGGAGAAGGCUUUUAUUUCUUAAUUGUACAUAAUUUUAAACCUAGGAGCUACAUCUAUUUGAAAUUUUAAGGAUGAGAGGGUGGGGGAUGGGGAUGUAGUCACAACUACUCAGAAAGAUCCCACCUCGUUCCUGGAGAGUAUCAGUAAUAUUUCCACCUAACUUUUCAGAAAAAUCUUAAGAAACAGUUCAUACCCCAAGGCUCAAUUUCCUGCUUAAAACAAGCUUUUGUUAGUCCAUGUUUCUACUGUGUGACUUUGUCACACCCAGUGGUGACAAGAAAGUUAUGAAUAUAAAAGUAGUGUUAAUGUGUGUUGUGAACUGUGUCCAACCUUUGAGCAGCUGAGCAGUUGGUUGGGAAGGUGUCAUGCCACAAUAAUGGAUGACUUGAGUAGAAAAUCAGGGAAUGGGUGCUAAGAUCCCUUACAACUGGGUGUCUGCUUCCAAGUUCUGAGCUUGUUGGGAGGGAUUAUUACUUCUGGUGGAAAGCAAAGCAAAAGUUCCACCUCAUUGACUGUCCUAAUAAGUUUUUUUACAUCUUUUUUUGACCAGAAAGGUUAAUUUCAGUGUACAUGAAGUAAAGAAGAGGGAAAAAAAGAAAAUAAUUUCUCUGGCUAGGGCUGAAUUUUCCGCUGAUAAACAUAAUAUCACUGAAUUUCACCCUGUUGUGUGAAUUUGAAAAUAUGCUGUACAAAACAAAACAGGCAACAGGAAUGAUCACUCAAACUCCUCUCAAACUAAAGCAAGAUUUGUAUUUGCAACUAAGUAAAUUCUUGCAUUUCCCUUAAAAUUCCUUAAAACAAUAUUUCUCAUGAAUUGCAAGAGUUGGAAAGUGUUACUCACAUAUUUUUUUAAUAAAGUCCCUAAAAUUUCAUUGUAUGUGUACUGCCAAAGUCCUACAUUGCUGUGCUGCUUCACAAGCAUCUCCAGAAGUAUAAAAUGUACAAUGCACUUUCAACACUUGGGAUGAAUCCAAACAGAUCAAGUAGUGGGAGUUGUUCAGUUCAUCUUAAAACUGGGUGUUAGUGGAGAAAUGUAGAAGUCUUUCCUUUUCAUAGUUUUCUUUGCAGAGUGGAUGAAAGACCAGAGGUGGGGUAGCAUCCCUGUAACUUCUCGGGCUAACGUAAGAGGUUCUCCUUUCUUGCACGCUCUGGAAAGGAGCUCUGUUCUGUCCAUCUUCUGAGGCUGUACUAAGAUAUUGCAGCAGGUUAAUAGCCAAGUUCGCAUUCUAUACAUUAGAUUUUCUGUUUUGUACCACUUUUGCCUUAAAAAGAUACAGAAGUCUCAUCAGAAGAGGUAAAUGAAUUAUUUAUUGUUUGCCCUGCCUGGUUGUGGAUAGAUAUUUGACAUACUAAAGAUUACAGCAGUGAUCUUCUUCAACUAAUAAAGCCUAAAAUACACUUCCAAGAUUCAUGUGGACCCAUUGUGCACUGCUGUACGUAAAUCAGAUUUAGGAUCCAUAGCCAAAAAAAAAUAAAUUAAAUGGCACUUAGCCAACAUACUGCUCAUGAUGUGCAAACACCUGAAAAAUGAAGGAAUUUGCUUACCUAUAUGUUCAGCUGUACUACCUUCACAGCUGACUGUAUCACCCACCUAACUAAUUUUGAAGAAAGGAAUCUUUUUAGUUUAAAGUGAAGCUGACACUUAAUUGCUGCUUCUAAGUGAGUCAUUAAACCAUACCGUUUUCAGUCUGAAUUGUGUACUAAACAUGAUACGAAAUAAUGUAAACAUUCAUAAUUGCCUAAGAUUUUUAUCUUGUAUGAAAAAACGCAGAAUUUCUUAAUAAUUUUCAUAUGUCUAAGUAGAUAACAAACUCAUGUGCUGUAAUAGGUUACAAAAAUAUGCCCAAACUUCCUGAAAUUAUGUGUAAAAAAUCAUUAUAUUUAAGGAGCAAACUUAAAUUUUGUUGUUGAGCGUUCCCAUCUGCAAUCUUAAUAUUCUUUCAAUAUUUCAUAUGAUGAAAUUAGUUGGAUCUGUGAUUAUUUACAAAUUCCUCAGAAGUAUUUUUCUAAAUUUAAACAUUGAAAAAAGUUUAUUUUUAAAAGCGUUUAAUUUUUAGCCAUGUAGGGCAUUUUAAUGACAUAUUUUGAGUUGCAGUCUUUUAUAUUCCCUUUCACUUUGCGUGCAUGCACCCCUUUCUUUAAACCUUAACUUUAUUAUUUUCAUAAUCUCUUGUAUCUUCAUUUUCAAAAAAAAGUCACUAUCUCCAAGAGAUAAACAUUAUGCUUUAUAUAUUUAAUAUUACAGUGAAAUAAAUUUUAUUUUAAAUCCCACAUUGUAGGGAAAGAGGAGGAUGUCUUUAUAAAAUAAUUUUGUGAAUGCAUUAUUUUUGACAUUGUUAUCUUCGUGGUUGCUUCACAGUAUGAUGUGACACAUUGAACCUAAUGAUAUUCGUGGUAUUUUGAAAAAGGAUAAAAGCAGAGAAAAGAACAGCUCUAGCUUGCAGAGCUUGUGUUAGUGUUCUGUAUUCAGUCCAUGUACAAAUGUCAAAGACCCAAAAAAUUAAAAAUCUGUGUUUGUUUCAAUGUAUAAUGCGUGUAAAGUAACAUGCAGUUCUUCUAAGAUAUACUGUACUUUGCAUGGAUUUCGUGUGUUAGUUUCAGUCAUCACUUCUUGGCUCUGUAAUACAAAAUACAAACUGCUUUUCUUUAAAUUUUUUUAUAUAAUACUUAAAAACAAGCAGUACACUGGGGAUAACAUCUAGCAAAAAAAGUGAACAAAAAACUCAAUAGCAUUAGAUUGCUAGAUGUCACUAUGGGUUGAAAAUUUAACUGAUAUGAAAAACAUUCACAUUUUCAAGUACUUAAGUGCAUGGAAUUAAUAAACACUUUUUAUUCAA